CACCCAUUCGUCAAGCCACUGAGCAUUCAAACAGGUUAAUUUCUUUUCAAUUGGAUUCCUUUUUUAAUCCACCGUCAGUGGAUUUUGGGGCAGGGGCUUAAGUACAUUCUGCUAGAGAGGUUAAUUUACAAAAUUCUCUUUGGGGUUGCAAAGCCCCCUGACCUGCCACCUCCUCAUACACAAAAAUCUCUUAGCAACCAAUCUCUUAGCAACAAGGAGUACCUUUAGUUUAAAAAAAGAGAGAGAGAGAGACAGGAAAAGAUGCUACAAAAAGAGUGAUCACCAGGAAAUCUUUUCUGAUCUUUAGAAAGACCACACGCAUCAUUUAACUAUUGCAGCUGACUUCCAGAGCAGAACCUAGAAAACGGAAGUGAGAAAACAACCAGGACUAUCGAUUGGCUCGGGCCUUGGGCAAAGACGAUCAUGGAAGCCUUCAACCCGAUGCAGUACAAUAUCACCAGAGCGGUCUCAGAGACGAUGCCAUUUGCCACAGUCCCAGUCUUGCUCCUCAUAGGCUUCCUGUUCCUGAUGUGGACUUGUGAAGAAGCAACAACCAUACCAGGCCCUGGCUACUGUAUGGGGAUUGGUCCCCUUAUUUCGCAUUGGAGAUUCCUCUGGAUGGGUAUUGGCAGUGCCUGUAACUACUACAACAAGAUGUACGGUGAAUUUAUGAGAGUCUGGAUCAACGGAGAAGAGACCCUCAUUAUUAGCAAAUCUUCAGGUAUGUUUCACGUAAUGAAAUACGGGCAUUACACCUCUCGAUUUGGGAGCAAGCUGGGCUUAAAGUGCAUCGGCAUGCAUGAGAACGGGAUCAUAUUUAACAAUAACCCAGAACUCUGGAAAGAAAUCCGACCCUUCUUCACCAAAGCUCUCUCUGGCCCGGGUCUCGUGCGGAUGGUAUCUAUUUGUGUUGACUCAACGGCUGAACAUUUGAACCAGCUAACGGAAUCGGCUCCCAAGCCUGAAUACUUCAACAGCCUGAAUCUCAUGAGACGUAUCAUGCUGGACACGUCAAACAGACUUUUUCUUGGGAUUCCUCUUGACGAAAACGAAGUUGUGCUUAAAAUCCAAAACUACUUUGAUGCUUGGCAAGCGCUGCUCCUGAAACCUGACAUCUACUUUAAGAUUUCUUGGCUGUAUAAAAAAUAUGAGAAGUCUGCGAAGGAUUUGAAAGAAGUCAUUGAAAUCUUAAUAGAGAAGAAACGACAAGAGCUUUUCAAACUUGAGAAACUGGAGGACCACAUGGAUUUUGCAUCACAGCUGAUUUUUGCUCAGAGCCGUGGAGACCUAACUGGUGAGAUGGUCAACCAGUGUGUAUUGGAAAUGCUGAUAGCUGCCCCAGAUACUCUCUCGGUGACUCUGUUCUUCAUGCUAGUGCUGAUUGCAGAACACCCUCAGGUGGAAAAGGAGAUGGUGAAGGAAAUAGAGGCUGUGAUGGGUGACAGAGAUAUCCAAAGUGAGGACAUCCCAAAGCUAAAAGUGGUGGAGAAUUUUAUUCUCGAGAGCAUGAGAUACCAGCCAGUCGUGGACUUGGUCAUGCGCAAAGCCUUGCAAGACGAUGUGAUUGAUGGCUAUCCUGUCAAGAAAGGAACCAACAUCAUUCUGAACAUCGGGCGCAUACAUAAGCUUGAGUUCUUCCCAAAGCCAAAUGAAUUCUCACUUGACAACUUUGAGAAAAACGUCCCCCAUCGUUACUUUCAGCCCUUUGGAUUUGGUCCCCGUGGUUGUGUUGGGAAGUUUAUUGCCAUGGUGAUGAUGAAGGCUAUCCUGGUGACUUUCCUGAGAAGGUGCAAUAUCCGGACUCUAAAAGAUCAAGGUCUCAAUCACAUUCCAAAAAACAAUGACUUGUCAAUGCAUCCAGAUGAAAGCCAGCCAUUGCUGCAGAUGCUUUUCGUGCCAAGAAAUAACGUGAGCAACAACCAUCAUGGGGAAUAAAACAGCCCAUGAAGUCUCCAAACACUGAUUGUUUGGGCUACCUUAAUGAAAACUGAUUGGUUGGACUACUCUGCUCAAAUGAAGAAUUCUCAUCCAUCUGGGGAGCAUCCAUUCACUCAUCCAAUGAAUAAAUUGCUGGUACAAGUGGCCAUUUGAUAGAACUCAGGUUCUGGCUUCCAUUCAGGAUGGAGCACCAUUUUUUGGUAUACCAAAAAAAAAAAAGUUAACAUUCAUGCAAGGAGGACCUACAAGUAUCUUUGCGAAUUAUUCUGUGAAGCUGAAAUUGUGUGAUGGAAAUUCCGUUCUGCAAGAAGCACUGAAGAACCCAUUUAUGUAGAUCCAUGGAGGUGAGAUGAGAUAAGAAUUAUGCAAGAGGCAGCAGCUGGAUUCUUGCACCACUGUUGAUUAGGAAGCAGAAGUCAAAUUUUGAGCUGCACAUGCACAGAUAAGACUUCUUUGAAAGCAACAGAACAAUGUAACUCUACUGUGGAGUCAUGAAGAUUUCAUUGACGGCUGUGCUUGCUGUCUUAUCAUGGCAAGCCAUCCUGAUUCACUUUGGAGUACCGCAAAGCACUGAUUUUCUUCAUCUGUUUGAUUUGAAGGAGAGGAGCACACAUAUUCUCUCUGGACUUGAUGGGUGACUUUCUCCCAUUUGUUUUGUACGUUGUGGGGUGCAUGUGUGUGGGGUGGGGGUUCGGGUCACUUUCACAGAACUAUUUUUCCAGGCUGAGAGUAUGAGUUGGGUGAACACGAGUUGGGCGUCUGCUUGCAGCAAAGCAUAUGGCCGCCAUCUUUUCUUUGCCACUGCUAAUGGCCAGAGCCGGGAUGACAAAAACCCAAAUGCUGCCACAUUCUGCAGCAUAGGCAUUCAGCAACUGCUUGGGCUAACUGGCAGGCCACAGAUCUAUGUUCUGCUCCCAUUUCUGGUCCACCACUGAAAUGACAGGCUGGAACAUUCCCUGGGCAGCAAAUUUCCCCAGGACUCCAAAAUAACUAUUUCUGGGUCAGCUGUCCAUUGGCUCUCUCACAUUGGAAGGACUAUGAAGGUUUCUGGAUUGUGGUGGGACUUCUCUGGGCAGUCACAGAAGCAUUUGCUACGUCUGAUUCCUGGCUCGGAGUUUCUACCUUUUCGUGAUGACUGCCUUCGGCCAAGCUUAGUCAACAUGGUACCCCCCAUGGGCUAUGUUCUCAGCAGCAGCCAUUCAGGGCUCAAAUUCAAAAGGGAUAUCCAUGCUACUGAGAAGAGACUGUUCAUGAAUACCUUAGAAUGGGAGAAGAACUAGGAGUUUACUCUUCAAGUCUCAGCCUCUUCACUCUUGGCUUCAACUCUGCCUCCCCUUUUCUCUCCUUGCGUUGAGUCUUAACUCAGCUUACCUCCUUCUUCCAGGACGAAGCUCAAGGAACAGCAAGUUGCUCGGUCCAAGAAUUGAACCUCUCCCUCUCCUUUAUCCAUCAGCCUUGACAGCAAUGGAACUUGCUGUUUUUUGCCUGAUCAUCCCUUGAGUGACCCCACCUGGCCAAUCUUGGGAGAACUCUGGCACCGUCUUCUGAGGUCCUUGCAGUUUUUGCUCUGUGUUGAUGAACUGGACCAAACACAUCCAUACCAGAUAGUACACUGAUUUCAAAGAGUUAUUGCUAAGCUCUGCAGGACUGAUUUAUGGUUCUUGUGAUUUAUUCUUGUGGUGUGUUUUUUUCCUGAUUCUGCAUGCAAACAUGUAUGCCUAAACUGACUGACUGUAUGAUUUCACGCUCUGGCCCUGGAUUCAAGCACUGCUUUGUUGUGAUCAGCUCCUGUGAAAGGUUUUGCUGAUUUUGGGGGUGACCUCGUUGUGCAGUGGCUGUUGCACAGAUCAAAGCUGGUGGGGGGCGUUUUCUAAACGUAGACACGUUUGCUGCGGUCAGGUUGCUUGCGAGGUAUAUUUAAAGGGCUUCUCAAAAUCAGUUGCAGUUAACUGGUACUCUCCUACAAUGUGGGGGUCAUUAUAAGGAGAAUGUGAUUUCCCUGUGACAAUAAUUUCACUGGUUAUUGGUCCAAUUGCGGGCACCAUUCAAGGUACUGGUUACAUUGGAGUGGUAUCAAAUACUAGUUAUACUCAGAGUAGAGUCACUGAAAUUAAUGGACAUGACUAAACUACAAUCCUAGUCUGAUUUAACUGGGAGUAAAUUGGGUUAGGAUUGCAAGUGUGCCUUGUCUGUUAAUUCAAUGGGACUUAGUCUGAGUAGAUAGCAUUUCCCUUUUCUUGCGAGGAAUCCUAUUCGGAAUAAGGGAAUUUCCCUUUAAAAAAGGGAAACGUUGACAGCUAUGGUAGAUAGGGGCCUCACAUGCCUGAUACAUUUAAUGCUAUAUCCUUCCACUUUAAGCAGUCAUGGGUUCCCUCAAAGGCUCCUGGGAACUGUAGUUUGUUAAGGGUACCAGAACUACAAUUUCCAGAGCAGAUUAAUAAUCAACACCUCUUCCCAAGGAACUAUGGGAAUUGUAGCUCUGUGAGGGGAAUAGGAGGUUUCCUAGCAACUCUAGUGGAAUGAAACUACUUUAAAUGUAUAGGGCAGAUGGGCUUAUGAUUAGGAUAGCAGCCUGACUUAGGUCUCUUCACUUCAGUGGGUCUUCUCGAAGGAGAACUUAGCUGGAUACAAGCCAAGAUUAUCUGAAUGGCUGUAUUCUUCCAGGAGAGAGCCUUCUUCUGGUCUGGCCAACAUCUGAAGCCCAUUUGGGAAAAACUCAGGAGAGGCACUUCUCAGUGUUGCUUGGCAAUUCCUUGCCAAGGGAGGACCAUCUAAGCCCCUCCUCCAAUGGCCUCCCACCAGCAUGUGAAGAUGUGUUUAUUCAGACAAGCCUUCGAUGUCACGCGCUGACUUGUUAUGGGUACAAUUAAUAUGUUGCAAUUUGUUCAACUGGCUGUUGUUUCGAUCAGCUUUAUUGAUUUUUAUUGAUGUUUGUACGUUUUUGACUGCUAUUUUGUACUAUACUUUGUAUUUCACUGCUGUUAGCCACUUUGAGCAUCAUUUGGCAGGAAGGUGGGUUGCACAAUUAAGAAAUAAUAACAUAACAUAACAUAAAGUUGGGGAAAGCUUUUAUAUAAAACUUGCUUAAAAUUUGUAAGAAGGGGGAAACACCCACUAAUUCAGUCACCUAAAGCCAUGACAAAUUUCUU